UGCGAAAAGUAGCUGAUCCUAAGACUAGCCAGAAAUAGCUAGAUCGGGAACACACAUUUUAAAUAUCUGAGCAUGUCAAGCAGAUUUUCAAUACCUAAGCUCGUGUUCACACAUAUGAAAUAUAUUCAAAAACAUACAAAAGUAGUUUCAAAAUAAAAGCUAUUUAAAUAAUAGCCAACGAGUAAAGAGCUAGAAAACUCAACGCAUGGUUGUACUGUGCGAUAACGCCACUCGAACAAUCGUUAUCGAAGCCUUUGCCUGCACACGCAUUUCAAAAAUUUGUAUAAACGAACACAAAGUUCAUUUAAUAGAGGAAAAUGGAAGUGUUUACCUUUGAAAAAUCGUAUUUGGAGCGCCUAAAAGAAGCGGAGGCGGUACUUUCGUGGGAAGGAGCCGUGAUGCCCGCAUCCCAGGUUCGAUCCGAGUGGAAAUCCUACGUAGAAUUAAAAAUUGAGCCUGCAGGAUGGCAGGCGUUUUGGAAAAUACCGCGCGUUAUUUGCGAGGAUCUGAAACUUCGCUAUCCUACCAUUGUUUAUGGCUACGUGGAGCAGGUGAUCUUCGACGAGCUAAAGGCGGUAUUUGUGGUGACCGCCGUGCAGGAUAACGAUGUCCACCUUCCGGAGAGUAAUGAGGUGUCACUGGUGGAGCUGUGGCCCACUGUGCAGCAGGAGAACACAGCUCUGAAUGCGGAUACCACCGCGGAAUGCAUCGAUCGGUUGCGGUUCUUCUACACGCAUGUGUGGAUGCCUUGGGACAAGGACUACGACGAUGAUCGCGACUGGGUGCAACAGCAUCUGCAGGCUCGUAUCCAACUAGUUUGCGAUCUCAGCAAGAACAGACUACCUCGCCCACUGGCAUUGCACAUGCGCACCCUGCUCACCGAAGCCAAAUACAUUCAGCAGCGUUUGGACUAUCUAGAAUUGGACCUCAGUGAUGUCGAGAGCGACGACGAGGCUGUGGAGCUCAAUGACAACGCAGCAGAGCCCGCUAAAAAACAAUCUAGGACGGGCAGUGCCAAUGGCAGUCUCAAUGUUUCCAGUCUGCCGGUAACCGAUCUUAUGUGCUUGCACCUGCGCAUGGCCAUCAUAAGGAGCGAGUUCGAAAUCCUCGAAAAUCCUGAAAUGAGGCGAGCCUACAGUGAACUGCAGUCAAACAGCCUCAAGCGACUUCGCUGCUCAUCAGGGAGAGCCAGACAAUCGGAGGAUUUCUUGGUAGAGCGGAAUCCCAUAAGCCAUGUGGUAACCUUACCGGGGAAACUGCAGCAGCAGCUGGAACUGCUGAAGCUGGCCCAGACACUGGUCAAGCCGGAAUCGCAAGUGCAGCUGUCCAAUACGCUGCAGGAUGUCCUGAGCAUCUGCCAGAGCAACGAUGAUAUUCUGCUUUCGCCUGGCGAGCAUACAAUCAAAUUCUUGGAGCACCUCAACGAUAAUGGUAGCCUGAGGGGGCUCACACAGCCAAAAGCCAUACUAACUCCUGCUGCAGAUCUUUCCCUGCUGCCUGUGGUGUGCUCAAGUGAUGAGGACAGCACCCUGCUGGUCAUUGAUGGCGACUAUACCUUGUCCGAAUUGGUAUUGGAUUGCCGCCAUGUCCGGAGAGGAAUCCUGCUGCGCAACGGCACUUUGACUAUGCAAGGGUGUCGCAUGCUGGGCGAUGGGACCUCCAGCACCCAGGAGGGUAUUGUCUGCAUGCCAGGCGCUAGCGUGGAACUCAAAAGUUGCCUAAUUGAAAACUUUGCUGUGGGUGUAUCGAUGCGACCGAAAUCUAGCGCUGAGUUGGGAAACGUCCAGUUUAUGACCUGCAAGACUGGACUGGAGUUGCUUGAGAAAACCACUUCGGUUAAUCUGCAGGGUAGCAAGUGCAGUUUUGAAAACUGUGCUUUAGGAAUCCUGGCAGAUGGCUUCGUUUUGGGAGAGCAGAAAAUGGAAAAGCCACUGGUUUUACACAAAUUCAGCGAACUUCAACGGUACAACGAGGACAACUUGCUAGGUAAUUGCAGCUUUUACAACUGCGGGAAAAAUGUGCAGGUUUUCCCCGAAUCCGGUCAGCUGCUGGCUCAGCGAUCGCAGCACCAACUCCUUGAUGACGAACUCGGGGGGGAGAACAAGGAGAACAUUCAAAUGGUCUAGGGGUACAUUAUGUACAUAAGCAUUUAAAUCAGUUAACCCGAAACAGCAAUUACUUGAUUAAUAAAUUUAAACUUAGCGGUAACCGAGCCUAUUGAUAUUUGUCAAUAAAAAAUAAUGGAAAACUC